AUGGCUUCUACGACUUCUGCAACUGGUAUUGUUACCCUUGAUAAUUUCGCGUCAAGGCUACCACAAUGGGAUCCCAGCCUCCCCAGCCACCUCUAUGCCCUCGUUGAUAUGGGAAGCAAUGGUAUACGCUUCUCCAUCUCGGACUUAUCACCUCCACGAGCGCGUCUCCUAAAAUGUUUGUACCACGAACGUGCCGCCGUCUCCUUGUUCGAUGCACUGAACAAAUCGGCCUCAAGUGGGCCCCUUACAUUUCCAUCAGAUGUAAUUGCCCAGGUAUCCAGAACCUUAGCUCGGUUCAGAUCAACUGCCAAUGAUUAUGGUGUGCCAUAUGAGCAUAUAUCUGUCUUUGCUACAGAAGCUAUGCGGAAAGCUGAAAAUGCUGCGUCCAUGCUUGAUGCUAUCCUGGCAAGCUCCGGACUCGACGUCCAUGUGCUGGCUCCAGAAGUCGAGACUUUAUUUGGCGCCAUGGGCGCUAGAAGUCAGUUUACUUCUGUGAAUGGACUGUUCCUAGAUUUAGGAGGCGGCUCCGUUCAGAUGACCUACCUCGAUUCUUCUGUGAAUGGCCAUGAAUUGGCAGCUGCCCAAACCGGGAAGAGCUUGCCUUUUGGUGCGGCUAGGUUGACUGAUGUUCUAGAGAACGGCAACGUAGAGGCUCAGGCUACUUCUGCGAGCACUUUGCAAGAAGGCAUGCGAGAUGCUUUUGCUAAGCUUCAACAGCAAUUCCCAUCGUUAAGAGAUGCCCAGAACUCCCCAGAGAAUACCGGCAUUGAUAUCUACCUUUGUGGGGGUGGGUUUAGAGGUUACGGCAGCAUACUGAUGCAUGCUGAUCCUAUUCAACCCUACCCAAUACCAACCGUCGGGGGCUAUACUGUUCAGGGCGCUUUUUUCAAUCGAACCAAAGAUAUGCGCAAGAUCAAUGCCGAAUAUGAGGACAAGAUUUUCGGUAUGUCAAAACGUCGGCGGCGGCAAUUCCCAGCUAUCGUUACAGUCGUGGAGGCACUAGUCGCUGCUAUACCUCGAAUUCGCACAGCAACUUUUUGCAGUGGCGGCAACCGGGAGGGAGCUCUUUCCAUGAUACUUCCAAAACAUAUGAGAGAAGAAGAUCCUCUACCGCUUCUUUCACAGGUUAUCGACAAUGGAGAGGCAGGCAUCCUGCGAUCGGUAAUACAUCUCGUGCAAUCAUCUUUGCCAAGCAACUUUGACAUCUCCAGUAUUCCAACAGUCUUCUCUUUGGGACUCGGUACCUGCUUUAUUGGUAAUAUGUGGGCGCGCAUAGGGGAGUCAAAUGAUGUCAACGCCUCACUCGAAUUGAAUCAAGCCGUCACACGAGACUCAAGCACACCGGGGUUGACUCACUUGGCACGAGCGGUUUUAGGGUUAACCCAAUGCUAUAGGUGGGGAGCUAACUUGAGUCCUGCUGAUCGAGUUCGUUUUGUAAAUCUACAGAAACUUGUUGGCCAGUCGAAUCCUGAGGCUAAUUUCUGGGCUGAAUACAUCGGCACAGUCGCAAGCUUACUUACCAUUGUCUAUCCAGCAAAACCCAGUGCCUCGGAUAGCCUGAGGACGAGCGUCAAAUUCCGCUCAACUUUGAAAAGGGGUAGCAAGAAAGAGCAAGUACAACUUGACAUCUCAUUGUCUCCCGCGAUUUACGAGUCUCUAAACGUUGCAGACCUCCUAGCAAGUCAUUUCAAACACGUUGGGAAGCAAAGAGACGUUGCAGACAAGACCAAAAGAAAGGUCGAAGUUGUUGUGCAUAAAUUGGUUUAUUAA